AUGUAUUGUGCUGAUGCCUACUGGAUUCCGGCUCAGACAUAUACGGCAACAGCCUACACCUACGCCAAGGGAUUCUAUAGUCUGCCGUCUGGUUCUGUUAAUGGAUUGGUCACG